AAAGCAUGGUAGCAGAAGAAGAAAGAAAUGUCGACCGUUAAAAUAACACCAGUCGCGUAUUCUCUCUCAUCAUCAACCUUUCAAACGUCAGAUAAUCUCAAACCCCCAUUUUCAUCACCACAAUCGCACCAUUUUUACUCAGAAUUUCAAGCAUUCUACCAGAAGAUCUCUUACUUUUUCAAUGGCUUCUUCGGAUCCUCUCCAAAUUUGUGUCAAGGAAUCUAUCACCACUCCCAACAAGCUUGGCGAUUGUCCAUUUUGCCAAAGAGUGUUGUUAACUUUGGAAGAAAAGCAUCUCCCAUAUGAUAUGAAGCUGGUUGACUUAACUAACAAGCCAGAGUGGUUUACAAAAAUCAAUCCAGAGGGUAAAGUACCUGUGGUGAAAUUCGAUGAAAAAUGGGUUGCAGAUUCAGAUGUCAUUGCAAAGUCCCUAGAAGAGAAUUUCCCAAACCCACCUUUGGCAACCCCUCCCGAGAAGAGUUCAGUUGGUUCAAAGAUUUUUCCUGCGUUUGUUGGCUUCCUUAAAAGCAAGGACCCCAGCGAUGGAAAAGAGCAGGAAUUACUUAAUGAGCUCAGUUCCUUCAAUGAUUACCUGAAAGAAAAUGGGCCUUUUAUUAACGGGGAGAAGAUCUCUUCUGCGGACCUAUCUCUCGGACCAAAGCUUUACCAUAUGGAGAUUGCAUUGGGAAAUUACAAGAAUUGGUCUGUUCCAGAGUCACUUCCCUAUGUGAAGUCUUACAUGAAGAAUAUAUUUUCCAGGGAUUCAUUUGUGAAAACAAUUGCAUCACCAGCGGAUGUCAUUGCUGGUUGGGCAAAACACAUAAGCUGAAGCUGUCCAAGAUUUACGGUCACUGGUUUCUUGUGCAGAAGAUGAGAGCCUUGGUGUGAAUUGUAUUGUCUCCGUAAGCGAUUUUGGCAGAGCUUGUAAUCGCUUAAAUGUAAAUUAUCUGAAGUAUAGUGAAGACUAUUUUAACUUCUCUAUGAAAAACGUUUUAACUUCUUAGUCUAAA